AUGCCAUCAACACAUUUGAAUUUGCGCGAAGACGACGUCGUUCGUCUGGCACUCGAGUUUCUCCACAAUCGCGACUUGCACAUCACACAAUUGUCUCUUGAGCGUGAAACUGGUGUCAUCAAUGGAAAUUACGCUGACGACGUACUUUUUUUACGGCAACUCAUCCUGGACGGACAGUGGGACGACGUCCUCGAAUUCAUCCAACCUUUGAGUGCACUCAAAGCUUUUGAAGCAGAUAAAUUUAACUAUGCAAUACUCAGACACAAGUAUAUAGAACUGCUUUGCAUUAGGUCCGAAAUUAAAGCUUACAACAAUGUUGAAAACAUUGUGGACGAGGUGGUGAAAGUACUUAGUGACUUGGAAAAGCUGGCACCCUCUAAAGAAGAAUACUCGAACCUGUGUUUACUGCUCACUUUGCCCAGUAUAACAGAUCAUGCUCAAUUUAAGAAAUGGAAUCCAAGUAAUGCUCGGGUGCAAUGCUUCCGUGAGGUGUACCCUUUAGUGGAACAGUUUUUACCCUGCGACAAAAAAUCCAGUAGCACUAUUUCUAAGUGCGCUAAAAACGAUCGCUUAAUGCAGUUACUUAUUAAAGGUAUUUUAUAUGAAUCAUGUGUGAAUUAUUGUCAAGCUAAAGCGACGGGAUCGAAAGAAGCUCAGUCGAAUGAAGUUAAUUUUUCAAGACUGCUUGAUGGGUCGGGCUUUGACGAAUCCGACUUAAGUUUACUUUCUUGGCUGCAGUCGAUCCCAGCUGAAACAUUUAGUGUACCGUUCGAACAAAGAAUGUUGAAUGUCGAUGUAGAAAAAUUAGAUCGACCAUCUUUACAUACUUCGUGGACCGAACAUAUGCUUGUAACGCCAAUCAAACCACGCACAUUCCCACAUUUGGCUAUGCCUUUUAGGAGACCUCGUUCCGCUGCCGAUGCAAUGACAAGGUCGUUGCGACCCUUGCCCGAUGGUGCCCCACGACAUCCAGCUGUGAUGGCUCUAUCGGCCAUAGACUACGGCCCGUCUUCUUCAUGUUUUGCUGGAUUUCAUCUUACUGGUAUAAAAGGAAGUAAGCUCAUGAAUACGUCUGUCGAUAGGCUCUUUGAUAGUAAAAAUGGAGAGAGUAUUUACAACGGUUUAAAUGAAUCGUUGAAGCCAAUUGACGAGCAAUUGAAACCGAUUGGAGAGUUUACGACGUCAUCGAAAACAAACGAGGCGGGCAGUAUAGGUGCAUCGAAUGCUACCACUCCCGAGCAUAGAGGGCAGGAUUAUUCAGUGUCUACUUCGAUAUCAACUACAGCUGCAUCUACGGAACGUUCGUCCCUCGCGGAACGUGCCCCACAACAAACGGAACCUGCAAUAGUUCCAACUGGCGAUGGUGAUUUUCGACGAGAGUUGUUAAAGGAGUAUCAAAUACAGAAGCAACGCGAAUGUGACGACUACCUUCGAAAUCUCUGUUCCUCCGAAUUGAGGCCACAGAACUUGCUGGACCAAGUAAAUGACGUGACGUCGUCUUUAUAUUCGCCGGCAGCCAACUACUCGCAACAGGUGAAUCCCGAAGGAAUGCUGGAUUCGACCCAAAUCAGGAAGAAUGACGUCACCGACAUUCCGGAUGCGGCAGAUGUGACAGAUGUAAGAAACACUUUAUUUUAUAAAUAUAAUUGUCUAAUUGCUAGACAUAACGGCGCGAUACUCUUCCUUCCUGGUUCGUUGCUCAUGGCCGAACAUCAUGAUUGCACCGUACUAGAUAUUUUUUGUAUCACCGCGCCGCAUAUGCUACGAACCGUCGUAGACUUUAUGAUAUUAUUUCAUGUCCGCGUGCCGUGA